AUGACAAUUUUGGGUAGAACGCAUAAACCUGACUUCAGUGAAGAAGACCUGGAGGUUCUAGCUUGGUCAGUGACAAAACACCAUGCCUUGCUGUAUGGUACAGGAGCACUGAAGGCUGAGCUGUGGCAAAAGAAUCCUAUUUGGUCCCAAAUCACCCAAGAGGUGGGUUCAGUGGAGGGAUGUAAACACCGCAUCUCUGACCUUAAACAUAAAUGGAGAGAUCUGUGCACCUCUGUGAAGGCAAGGUUCUCCAGAAGCCGGAGAUAUACAACUGUUACAGGUGGUGGACCACCAUCAUCACCUGUGAAUCUGACGUCACUGGAAAAGCAAGUGGCGUUCACUCUCUUCACUGUCCAUGUGCUUGGAGAGGCAAGUGGAGUCGAUGCUGAUCAAGACCCCUGCUUCUGUUUACUGAAUGAUGAUUCCUCACUUGAGAUCUCUCUGCGUGACAAACGUCUGGCGUUUGCUGGCUCCACAGCUGCCAAAAAGACAAUUCUUCAGCUGUGGUUUAAACCUGAUAUCAGUGCUAAAUGCUACUGGAUCAGAUCCUUACUGGACAUUGCAUCAUUAGAGGAAACCACAGCCCAACUGAACAACGCCAGUUUAUCUACAACGGCAGCAGUGGACACUGGAAUUAGCGCCAAACCGAACAACACCUCAAGGAGCAGGAUGCUGAGAGAUCGUCUCACUUUAACACUUGUCAGCGUUCUUGGAGUUUCUCUGCUGGCUGAUGGCGCUAACACACGACUCGCUGGUGGCAAUCACUCCUGCUCUGGUAGAGUGGAAGUAUAUUAUAAUAGCCAGUGGGGAACAGUGUGUGAUGACGACUGGGACAUGAAUGAUGCGCGGGUGGUGUGUCGACAGUUUGGAUGUGGUGAUGCCGUCACUGCUCAUCAAAGUGCACACUUUGGUCAGGGAAGUGGCCCAAUAUGGCUGGAUAAUGUUCGGUGUUCCGGAAAUGAAAGCAGCAUCACACAGUGCCCUCAUAAUGGAUUCGGAUCACACAACUGUGGCCAUGGUGAAGAUGCUGGUGUUACUUGCUCAGAUGGCACUAACAUACGACUCGCUGGUGGCAAUCACUCCUGCUCUGGUAGAGUGGAAGUAUAUUAUAAUAGCCAGUGGGGAACAGUGUGUGAUGACGACUGGGACAUGAAUGAUGCACGGGUGGUGUGUCGACAGCUUGGAUGUGGUGAUGCCGUCACUGCUAAUCAAAGUGCACACUUUGGUCAGGGAAGUGACCCAAUAUGGCUGGAUGAUGUUCAGUGUUCCGGAAAUGAAAGCAGCAUCACACAGUGCCCUCAUAAUGGAUUCGGAUCACACAACUGUGGCCAUGGUGAAGAUGCUGGUGUUACUUGCUCAGUCAGUCUUCUUAGCGCUUCACUGCUGGCUGAUGGCGCUAACACACGACUCGCUGGUGGCAGUCACUCCUGCUCUGGUAGAGUGGAAGUAUAUUAUAAUAGCCAGUGGGGAACAGUGUGUGAUGACGACUGGGACAUGAAUGAUGCACGGGUGGUGUGUCGACAGUUUGGAUGUGGUGAUGCCGUCACUGCUCAUCAAAGUGCACACUUUGGUCAGGGAAGUGGCCCAAUAUGGCUGGAUAAUGUUCAGUGUUCUGGAAGUGAAAGCAGCAUCACACAGUGCCCUCAUAAUGGAUUCGGAUCACACAACUGUGGCCAUGGUGAAGAUGCUGGUGUUACUUGCUCAGACUUGCAGGCUCCCACAUUGACUCGGAUCUCCCCAAACUCUGUGGUCUCACCUGGAGAAGUCCUUCAGUUCAGAUGUACCACACCCAGCCCAAUGCGCAUCUCUGUAGACUUCAGUUUAUAUAAAAAUGGGACAUUAAUAAAGAACCAAACUGCAGAGUCCACAGUAACAUUUUCGCUGACUGUAGAUGCCUCACAUCAGGGUCAGUACACCUGUGACUACUCAUACAGGGAAAGUAACUCCAUAUCAUCCAGGAGCAGCUCCAUUCCCAUCACUGUGGGAGGUAAUCCAAUCAGGCUGGCGAAUGGAUCGAGUAACUGUUGUGGUCGAGUGGAGAUCCAGCACAGUAGGCUUUGGGGAACAGUGUGUGAUGAUUACUGGGACUUAAAGGAUGCAGAGGUGGUGUGUAGACAGCUUGGAUGUGGUAAAGCCGUCAGCGCUCCUCAUGGUGCACGCUUUGGUCAGGGAAGUGAACCGACCUGGCUGGAUGAUGUUCAGUGUACUGGAACUGAGAGCUACAUAGAUCGCUGCUCACACCGUGGAUUUGGAAAGGAGAACUGUGGACAUGGGGAAGAUGCUGGAGUCGUAUGCUCAAACUUGCAGGCUCCCACAUUGACUCGGAUCUCCCCAAACUCUGUGGUCUCACCUGGAGAAGUCCUUCAGUUCAGAUGUACCACACCCAGCCCAACGUGCACCUCUGUAGACUUCAGUUUAUAUAAAAAUGGGACAUUAAUAAAGAAGCAAACUGCAGAGUCCACAGCAACAUUUUCGCUGACUGUAGAUGCCUCACAUCAGGGUCAGUACACCUGUGACUACUCAUACAGGGAAAGUAACUCCAUAUCACCCAGGAGCAGCUCCAUUCCCAUCACUGUGGACUUGCAGGCUCCCACAUUGACUCGGAUCUCCCCAAACUCUGUGGUCUCACCUGGAGAAGUCCUUCAGUUCAGAUGUACCACACCCAGCCCAAUGCGCAUCUCUGUAGACUUCAGUUUAUAUAAAAAUGGGACAUUAAUAAAGAACCAAACUGCAGAGUCCACAGCAACAUUUUCGCUGACUGUAGAUGCCUCACAUCAGGGUCAGUACACCUGUGACUACUCAUACAGGGAAAGUAACUCCAUAUCAUCCAGGAGCAGCUCCAUUCCCAUCACUGUGGGAGGUAAUCCAAUCAGGUUGGCGAAUGGACCGAGUAACUGUUGUGGUCGAGUGGAGAUCCAGCACAGUAGGCUUUGGGGAACAGUGUGUGAUGAUGACUGGGACUUAAAGGAUGCAGAGGUGGUGUGUAGACAGCUUGGAUGUGGUAAAGCCAUCAGCGCUCCUCAUGGUGCACGCUUUGGUCAGGGGAGUGAACCGACCUGGCUGGAUGAUGUUCAGUGUACUGGAACUGAGAGCUACAUAGAUCACUGCUCACACCGUGGAUUUGGAAACGAAAACUGUGGACAUGGGGAAGAUGCUGGAGUCGUAUGCUCAAACUUGCAGGCUCCCACAUUGACUCGGAUCUCCCCAAACUCUGUGGUCUCACCUGGAGAAGUCCUUCAGUUCAGAUGUACCACACCCAGCCCAACGUGCACCUCUGUAGACUUCAGUUUAUAUAAAAAUGGGACAUUAAUAAAGAAGCAAACUGCAGCAACAUUUUCGCUGACUGUAGAUGCCUCACAUCAGGGUCAGUACACCUGUGACUACUCAUACAGGGAAAGUAACUCCAUAUCAUCCAGGAGCAGCUCCAUUCCCAUCACUGUGGGUAAGUUCAGAGAGGAUAUUAUACUGAAUAGCAUUAAGUCAUUAAUUAUUUAUUCAUGCUGUUCAAAUAAUUGCCAUUGACUACUGUUACACCCACAAGGCUUGCUUGGUGAGACAACAUG